AUACAAAAAUUAUGAUAAUUCUCCACUGGGGUUUACAAGAUUUUGGUUUAGGGUUUAUACUAACCAAAACUAUGCCCCUCUUCAAUUCAUCGCUCCAAACCCUAACCUAUACAGACAAAUAAUCAUACAUAGAUACAUAAUUUUGCCGCCUUGAUUUUCGUGCAAUCAUGGACUCCACCGACGACGAUUUCGGCGAUUUAUACGCCGACGUCGAAGUUGCUGCAAGCUCCGCCAUUAAUGGCGUCCUUGAACGUCCCAAUUCACCAGCUAAGCCCGAGAAAGAUGAGAUUUUUGAGGGCCCCAGAUGCUCAGAUGACGAGUUUGAGGAGAAUGCGAGUGAUAGCGAGGAUGAUUUUGAUAUUGUGUUGAAUGAUGAUGAUGUUUGUGAUGGUUUUGAUGCUGCGAGGAUGCGGAAUGGUGAGGAUGAGGAGAAUGAGGGGAAAGAAGUGAUCGAGGAGGCGAAAGACGGGUCGGAUAAGAGUAGGAUGUGUUUGGAUAGUUUGCAAGGGGGUGAGGGUUGUGAGAGGAGAAAUGUUGCGAAAGUGGCUAAUUCUCAGUAUAAGUAUAUGAGACCUCAACUUUCAACAUUGGCCAGCACUUUAAAAAAUAGUAAGUAUGAAGGACCAGCCUCCUACUCAUGUCCAUCUCUUAAAGGUGAGCAAGAGGAUACCAUGCUGUAUCACGGAAUGAGACCAAAGUCACAAGGCCAAAGUUUACAUCAGUUCUCUCUUCCUCGGUCUAGGACUAUAGUUGAUGUAAAUAUUGAUGCAUUUGAUGAAAAACCGUGGAGGCAUCCUGGAGUUGAUAUCACAGAUUAUUUUAAUUUUGAUUUUGAUGAAGACAGUUGGAAGAAAUAUUGCAACAAUUUGGAUCGUUAUCGUCAUGGAGAUAUCAGUCCAGCAAGGGUAACCUCUGAUUUUUCCAAACAUAAUGGGUUCUAUCCAAGUAGAACUGAUCAUGAAACACUAGCUCAUGCAUCUAAUGAAGUAUCUCAAAAAGGUGGAAGAAUGUUUCAUAAAUCUGGAAGCCCAGGGAAGGAGCGUGAACAUUUUAACAUGCACAAAGGCAGAGCUAUUCAAGUAGCAGGCAGCAUCACUGAACGUCGAUCAUCCAUGGAUACAAGGCGUCCAAUUGAUCGGGAUUCUGAUGUUGUUAUACAUAUUGAUGUGCAGGAAUCAAAUGAAACUUGUACGUUAAAAGAACAAGUAGAUCCUGUUAAAUGUUCUGAACAAGAGGCUUAUGGAAAUGGAACUUCUGGCAUGGAUGAUGAUAUGGAUGGUCUUACUUUUGGUAGUUCUAGUGAAGAGGACCUGGAUAAUGAAUCCCUUGUGGGCGAUGCUUUUCAUGAGGGAUCAUCCAUGCCUAAUUCUGAAAGGUGUUCUGUACGUACGCAUCCCCCUGAAGAAGCUGCUCUUGGCAAAUCAGAAGGAAAUACUAAAAAUGCCGAAACUCUAAGUAAAAGCAAGGAAGAGGCUUCCAGGAGUACAUGCAAUACUGCAACUAUACUGGAAGCAGAAUUCCCAGAAAACAAGUGUUAUCAAUAUAGCCGCAGUCCAUCUUUUUCUGGUAGUGAUUAUGAAGAUUAUAGAGAUGGUGCUCGUCAUGAUUUGGAAAAAUCUUAUAAAUAUGUAAGAUGUCCUGCACCAAAUUCAUUGACUGGAUUUCAGAAUUCAGUGACACCUGCUCUCCAUCACUCAGAUAGUUUUAGAAGCCAGUUUGGCAAAGUAAAAUAUAGGGAUGGCAAAGAUGCCGCCAGAUAUGGAAAACGCAUUCAUCAGAAGAGGGAUAGUUUAUAUGGUAGUUCUGGAUUGAAGUCAUCUGCCAGUGGCUUUAGAGGUACUUCAAAUUCUGUGACCGACAGAGACUAUGGCCAUCGUUUAGAACAUGAUCAUAGCCGACAGAAGGAUAAGCUAUAUGGUUAUAGUGGUUAUCACGAGGACGAGUUCUUAUAUUACAAGGAAACGGAAUUUUCCUUCAAUUUCUGUGAUGAAAGGUUUCCUGACUAUCAAAUAGAAGAUGUGUGUGCAAAAUACCCUCGUAAGAAAGGUUACCAGAGGUUUAAAAUCCCAACAAAUCAUUUUCUUUCCAGAAACUCAGAUGAAAGGGCUUAUCGGCUUCGUGACGAGUUACUUGAAAGGGACUGGGAUCAUCGUGAAAGCUGUUUUACUGUUGAUGGCAUGCAUCCUCUCAGUUGUCAAGAGUCUAGGCAGCUAAGUCUAAAUUAUCCUGAGAACGAAAUAGACACUAGACGGAAAGGGAAAGGAGGGGAACCACGGUUCACGAGAAGAAUACAAAAUGAUAUAGAAUUUUUCCGUGGACCAAAAUAUUUACAUGGUAGUGUACAGCAGAAGUAUAAAAGAACCGGUCCUUAUGAUGUCAGGGGAAGAAAUAAUUAUUGUUAUGAGUAUGAAGAGCGUCUACCAUAUACUAGAAGAGGAGCUAAAAGCCCUGUAAGAAGCAGCAGGAAGUUUAUGGAGGACAGUGAUGACUUCCUGAGAAGUAGCCACCAUCGAUCAUUUUACUCUCGUCCUUAUAGAGGAGCUCAUACUCCAAAGAGCAUUUGGCGUAGUAGAUCAUCAACUAAAAGUGACACAUAUGAAAGAAACGAAAGACAGGAUAUAUAUGAGAAACAUUUAUUGACAGAAAACUCUCAAGACGUUGACAUCUAUGGUGGCAGUACAGAAAGUUUAAACAGAGAAAAAGAUGUCAAUAAUUAUGAUGAUCGAUCUUAUUCUACUAUAAGAAGAUACCAUCGCGAAUCUGAACUUUUGCAAUUGAGUGAAGACGAGGGUCCAUUAAUGGAACAUAAUGAUAAUUAUCAUGCAGAGACAACAUCAUUUUCUUUCGAAAGGACUUCAUGGAAUAAAAGGUUUGAUGCAGAAGAUAGAAGUGGCCAUGCCAGACAUGUAACUUAUGACAUGAAAUUAGACAAUUUAAAUUGCAAGUGGAUGAGUGAUGGGGAAAUGGGUAAGCGAGGGUACAGGAGUUCUGAUAUGUACUAUGGUGGAGGUCAUGAUCAGUCACUCCUGAGGUGUGGGGAUCCUGUUGAUGUCCACGUGAUUCAUGGGGAAGAAAAGUCUCGUGGAAGGUCCAUUGCAGCUGGAAGUGUACUGUUCAAUAAUAGGAACAAUAAGAAGGCUUGUGAUCCUGUUGAUGAGCAUCAAAGUAUGUUUACAGAUCUGGGUAAAACUCGUCCAGAGACGGUGAGAAAAGUUAAGAGCCCAGAUGUUAAGGUCAGCCACAAAGAUCUGAAUUGUCUCGAUGGUUUAUCUGACACUCUGAAAAAAGAGUUGGAUAUUGAGGAAGGUCAGAUAUUGACUGAUGAUAUAAUGGAGGAUGCCAUGAAGAGUAAUAUAUCCAUGUCUGGUGAUCUUUUACAAACCAAUGGUGUUAAGAGGUUGCAUAGCGAAAAUGCAACAAAGGAAAACACUAGCAAUAAGGAAGUCAGCAGCCCCCGGAUUCUUGAAGUGAUAGCAAAGAUGGAAAAGAGAAGAGAGCGCUUCAAAGAGCCUAUUGCUCUUAAGGAAAAGUUACCCGAGCCUCACACCGGUUCUGCCGAGGAGGCUAGUGGAACAAUGAAGCAACAGAGGCCAGCACGAAAGAGGAGAUGGGGUGGACAAUAAGUUUCAUAAUAUACUCAUGUGCAACCCUGCUCUUAUUUAAAUUUGUGCGCCAUGGAGCUGAGCUUCAUGCCUCAAAACCUGUGGACAAGGACAAUCUCCGAAAGUCAAGGUUUUUAGCAGAGUUGAGGAUAAUUAGAGUCUCUUGGAUACAUUACAGCUGGAUUUACUGUUUUUUCUUGGUUUUAUGAACAAUGUUCAUCAUUCUCAUAAAGUUUUUGGUAAGGAUUUGAAAUCGAGGGCACAUUACAGUUGCACUGUAUUUUUCAUAUUUCUGUUUUGUGUUUUUGAAGAACUUUAUACACAAAUAAAUAAAACGCUUAGUUUACACCAAGUCA